CAAAAUGUAAAAUAGUCUGUUAAAAUGCAAUAUAUAAACCUCUCAAGCCCCUCAACUUGUCCUGACUUUUUCAUGACAUGAUAAUCAAAUAACUUCCAAUCUCGAAUAUCACUAUUAUUUAAUAUAUCAAAUGCUGUCGAGAUUGUCCACCAAAACAACCUUGAAGCACUGCCGACUUGGAGCAGUCACGUUUACCACCCCUCUACUUGGCUCGUCAUAUACCAAGUAUACCACAAGUCAAUUAACACCAGCAAGACCUCGCUAUCUGGCCACAAUGUCUCCGUCUCAAACUCUGUCUUCGCUGCCUCUUUCUGUCCAAGUGUCCAAGGACGAAUUGGCCGCUGGGAAAUUAUCAUGGCAGAAUCUCGAAUUGGCUACCCGGGCACUGCAUCGCGACGGUCUCGUGGUGCUAGAAGAUGUUAUUGGCAUGCCUGAGCUCAAUACGCUGAAUGAGAAAAUGGUCAAGGAUGCGCUGGAGCUUCAGGCACGGAAUGAUGAUAGUCCGUAUAAUUACAACAAGGGAAACAUCCAACAAGACCCCCCUCUCACACCGCCCUACUUUUCCCCCUCCAUCUUCCUCAACCCCAUUGCAACGCAAGUCACCACGUCCGUUCUCGGUCCGCGGCCCCGACUCACAUUUAUAUCCGGCAACACUGCGCUUCCCCCGACCGAGUCUGCGGCCGCCAAGUCUCAGCCCGUGCAUUCGGACGCGGAUUUCGACCACCCGGACUGUCCAUUUGCUUUGGUCGUCAAUGUUCCGCUCGUGAGCAUGAACAAGGUGAAUGGCAGCACCGAAGUAUGGUUAGGAACGCAUUCAACAUCGUCUCUCUCCGCGCAAGAAGGCGCCCACGGAGACCGCGCCAGCGGACGUAUCAAGCAGGACUUACUUGACCAACGCCGCGCCGUGCGGCCGCCGAGCCAACCGCGCGUGAAAAAGGGCAGCAUCAUCAUCCGCGACCUGCGACUUUGGCAUGCGGGCAAGCCGAAUUUCUCGGAAGACAUUCGGGUGAUGUUGGCGUUGAUCCAUUUCGCGCCGUGGUAUAGAAACGCCAUGACAGUCGAAUUCUCAUCCGAGCUACGUCCCAUUCUCCACACCCACACCAAGGGCCAGGACCAAGGCCAGGGCCUGCAGAUCCAGGCCGAGUUUCUUCCGACCGCGGACAUUGAGAAGCGGUACUUGCACAAGCCGUUUGGGAACGCGUAUGAUUUUGAUCAAAUGGAUAAAGUGCAAGGUAUUUUUGAAAUGGAGGGUAUUUUUUGACAAGGGGGGUAUAUUUUGAAAUGGAAGGUAUAUUCUAAAAAAGAGUUAAAAAAAAAAGAACGAAAGAAAAGAAAAGAAAAGAAAAGGUUCAUCAAUGGCGGUAUUUAUGCUUUUCGGGGGAAGAUGUUCAGGAC